AACAGUCGCAGAUCAACGUCGACGAAAGACACAAGCUUUCGGAACCUUUGGUUUCUUGGUUACGUUGUAAAUUUUACCUCAAAUACAAGCACUGAUAUAUAUAGUACUCGAGUGAAAUAUUACUAUAAGAGCUACCUUUUAGUUGAAGUUGAGAACUUUUUAGUAAACUUUGGUAUCAGCAGAAAACGGCACGAACAUGAAACACCAGAAGGCAUUGUUCUGCGUGCUACUGGCUCUGUUCAUACACGCGAACGAUGCCUCCAGAAUUUUGGGCAUCUUCCCAUACAAUGGCAAGAGCCAUUUCAGGAUGUUCGAUGUCCUGUGCAAGGAAUUAGUAAGAAGAGGGCAUCAAGUCGACGUAAUUAGCCAUUUCCCAUUGAAAACUCCAUUGGCUAAUUACACGGACGUCGUUGACUUAAAUGGAACCCUAAAAACCGUGGUGAACGGCAUAACCACGGAUCAUGGAAAAUAUAUACAGCGAUCAGUUACUUAUUUCGUAGCCACAGAUUUUGGUAAUAAUCUGUGUGAUCUAAUGAAACAGGAAAAAAUGCAGAAAUUCAUCAAAAAUCCACCCAAUGAUCCACCUUAUGACCUGAUUAUCGUAGAGUAUUUUGGCUCGCCGUGCUACAUAGGAUUCGGCCAACUUCUGAAAGCGCCAGUGGCCAUCGUCUUGUCGUCCAUGCAAAUGUCAUUCAUCGACGAUAUUAUGGGGAAUCCUACGAGUUACGCCUUCUUCUCCGGUUUCCACAACGAUAAUGCCGUAGUGGACACGUUCUUCGAUCGCCUGUGGAAUUUCUUGACCAACUACAAGAAUACAUUGAUAUUUCAUCACUACACAGCCGAACAAACCGAUAUGAUGAAGAAAUACCUGGGUUUACCUAAUAUACCCGACGUCAGAGAAUUGGAGAAAACUGUGUCGUUGGCUAUAGUGAACUCGCACUAUAGUUAUUACGGGAUCAGACCAGUCACACCGGCGGUCAUCGAAGUUGGUGGAUUACACGUCGAAGCGGACAAGUCGAAAUUAAGCCCGAAACUCAAGGAAUGGCUAGACAUGGCAAGCCACGGUGUGGUAUAUUUCUCAUUGGGCUCGCUAAUGAACAUCGAAACGUUGCCAACGGAGACGAUAUUGCAAAUUUACGCGUCGUUAGCGAAAAUUUCACCGGUAAAGGUUUUGUUGAAGAGCGCCAACGCAACGAAGUUACCACCUGGUUUACCCAAUAACGUGCUGACGUUGCCUUGGAUUCCUCAGGUUGCGGUGUUGAAACAUCCAAAUACGCGAGUAUUCGUAACUCACGGCGGCCUUAUGGGAACCCAGGAAGCUAGCUAUUACGGAGUUCCUAUGAUAGGAAUGCCGGUAUUCGGUGACCAAAUUAAAAACAUCAACGUUUUGGUUGAAAAGAACGUGGCAGUUCUAGUAGACAUCGAUGACAUUACCGAACAUUCCAUGGACGCUGCGUUGAACGCAGUUUUGCACGAUCGCCGAUACAGAGAAUCUGCAAAGACAUUGUCGAAGAUGUUCAGAGAUCGUCCGAUGUCCCCGUUAGACACAGCUGUAUAUUGGAUCGAAUACGUGCUGAGAAAUGGGCCAGAUAGCUUAAGAUCAGCCGCUGUGAAAUUACCUUGGUGGAAGUUGCAUCUACUCGAUGUUUUCGUCUUCUUAUUUGCGUGUUUCACAUUCGCAAUUUAUUUAUUAAUAGUUUUAUUAAAUAUCGUAUUAACAAGCUUCCAUAAAAGGGCCGCUCGAACAGAGAAAAAGUUGAACUGAGAAACGGGACGAAGAAUAUCGGCAAAAGCCUUAACAGGAUAGGAGAUUACGCGUUCUUUUGCGAGGUGUACUUUCAAAGAAGCGUGUCGUUAGAUAAUUUUCUUAACAAAUUCCCUCUGAGAGAUGCAACGAGCUUUUGCCUUUUCCAUGUAAUCGGCUAAUAUUUUUUAUUUAUUUAUUUAGCAGAGGAAACGAUUAAACUGAGAAGCACUAAAAACGAAAUAGCGAAAGGACGAAAAGCUUCUCUUGAAAAGGACGCGCGGCCAAAUUAGUCGAUGCGAAAUUUUCAUGAAACGAUCGCGAAUUCACGUAAAUCGUACUCUGGUGUUACAAAUAAUAGCAAUGGAAUAUUCCGGAUUUAAAUCGAAGUCAAAUAAUUUAUAUUUCAUCUAUAAACGUCCUUUAGAAAUACACUAGAAAUAUACUUGAACAUCGUUGAUAUAAAUUCCUAGACAAUUUUAUUCAACUUCGUUCUGUUACACUGUGCCAAUAUCUAUUAGAUUGUCCGAAAAGUUCCUUUCGUUUUAUAAGGAAGUCGUAGAUGCACAACAUUUUUUGUUUUAUGUUAUUUUAUUGAAUUAUGUUUGAUCCAUUUUAUUCUAUUACUACAAAAUGGAUCAUACAUAAAUUCAUAAAAUAAUAUAAAAUAAAAGUUGUGUGUUGUGAUUGAUAGAAGAAUGCAAGCUAACAGAAAUCAUAGAAAAAGCAUUAAGAAGAGCAGCAAGGUAUGAAGGGAAAGCCAUAGAAUCAAAAAAGGAACUAGUAAAGCAGUGCAUAAAGGAAAGAGAGAGAAACUGGGGAAAUUGUCAAGAAGGGAAAAGUGCAAGAAAGAGGAAGAAGGGACUAGAAGAGGUGAGAAACGAAGGGACACUGAUGGAAGCAAGAGAAGAGCAAGAAAGGGUGACAGCAGACCAAAUUAUAGAAGACAGAAGAAAGAGAGAAGCAGAAGAGAGGGGGAAAAGGAUAAGAGAAUCCAAAUAUAACAUACAUUACAGAAACAUAGCCAAAGAAAAAUUACCAAAGUACUUAGAAGGGAGGAUGAAGUGGAAGGACAGAAGAAUACCGGCAAGAUUCAGAUGUGGAAACGAGACCAAAGCAAGGGAAUACUGGAAAAAAGAGGGAGAAAAAAGAUGCAGACUAUGUAGAAGGAAAGAAGCAGAUCUGAGACACGUAAUAGAAGAAUGUAAAAUAACGGGAGAACCAAAGGACAUAGGAAAAACGCUAAAUGAGACUGGAGAAGGACUGACAGACCUAAAGGCAAUAAUAGAGAAAGUUGCAAUAGUUUUUAGGUAUUAGUUUUUAGUUUUUAGAGAUGGAAUAAUUAAGGCAGUGCAAUAUAAUAGAGUGGAUAAGAGGAGAGGUAGAUAUAUAAGAAGCGAAAUUGGUAAAAGAGAUUUGAAAAAAGAAGGAACAAAAAGACACAAAGAAAAUUGAAAUGGGGAGAGCAAGAAUUAGAAAAAGUGGACGAGAUAAGAUACCUAGGGUAUGUACUACAGAAAAACAGAAGUGAUGAGAAGCACAUACAAGACAGGAAAAAGAGAGCAACCAUAGCAAUGAAGAAAACAUGGAACGUGGGAGAAAGAAUAUUCAAACAGGACUACAAAAGGAGAAUGAAGAUGUUUGGAGCAGAAGUAUGGGACUGGAACAUGGAAGAAAGACUGGAUAGAGUAAAAAGGAGAUAUGCGAAAUGGAUAUUAGGCUUAGAUAGAUAAAAGAGAUGUAAAAGAAAAAAAAAUAAUAAAAAAUGUUGUGCAUCUAUUAUUUCACUUAUGAAACGAAAGGAACUUUUCGGACAACCCAAUAUAUAAAUACCUUUGAUGCAAAUUUCAUCGCGAGGUGACGAUAAAUGUUAAAUCGAUACACUGUAAAGCCAAGAACACAACAUUUCUGACAAUUAAAGAAACGUCGAAAAGGAAUCUACGACAAUACAGGACGUGUUACGCGUGCAAUUGAGAACAGCAACGAAGAGCCGGGCUAGAGGAACUUAACGAUGAAGCCACUUAUAACUCGAUUAAACGAGCCGUUGAAAGUUUGAUCAAGUAUAAUUAAACAUGGACAGGGCCACGUUUAAUCGUAUUAAAAUUACGUAAACAUUUGACAAGUUCUCAAGCAGUUUACCGAGUUCCCAUGCCAGACACUAAACCUUAUUCAUCCGGUAUCAUUGUACGCUUUAGCCUGCGUAAAAUGGAACUGCAACUUGCGACAUUUUCCUAACCGACCAGCUAAAACUGACGGUAGCAGGGGGUAGUUUCUUUGAAAGUUACACGACAUUAAGAAAAUUGCUUUCAUCCGGAAACAAUUUCACUUUUGUAAAUAGUCGAAAAAGAAAUAAAAAUACCAUGAAAUUUUGGUAGUUCUGUAGAGUUACGAUAUUUUUCAUCAUUCGGCUCAACGAACCAUUAAUAAUGACCGUUCACGGAGCACGCGAUGCGGAAAAUUAAGACAGCAAACUUGACGAUAAAUAAUUCGGACGCAACGUCGAUUGUUCUUUUGAGAAAUAUAUUCGAGACAGAAAGCAGGGAAAUGCCUAUUCAAAUGGCCAGUGUCUCUGUAAUUAACGAAUUUGUUUGCGAGAGACAGAAUUUUAUAGCACGAUUAAUGGGAGUACUUACGAUGGAUUGCUUCUUCGUUAUGAAUAAUGAAACUGAGAUAAUGGAAUUAUAUUUUGAAAUGUCCCGUGAUCACCGAGUUUGAGAAUUUGGAGAUUCAGAGGAUACGAGAUUCAAAAAUUUGCAGACUCUAGUAUUGGAGAAUUUGCAGAGGCAGACGUUUGCGAAUUCGAAAAAUCAGGUGGUCAGAAAUUUGAAAAUUUUGAUAUUGGAAAAUUUGACAGAUCGAACGUUCGAAAAUUGAAGAGCUUGGAAAAUUAUAACAUUAGAAAAUUGAAGAGCUUGGAGUAUUUAAAAACCUUGUUUUCGCUAUGACUAUGUUUAUCAAUGAUAAAUACAGAAACAGAGUAAACAUAAGGAAAUGAAAUGCCAGAUAAGUUUUCUAAAUAUACUCCUACUAUCUAAAUUUUCGUCGUUUGUAUACAAUUUAUCCUCUAUAGAAUUUCCCUCUUUGUACUUUCUUCGUUUUUACCGGCAAAGUAUGAAAUUGUAAGCAAACCACGCAAACUAUAUAAUUACAGGUAAAAAUGAACAGAAACGUAAGAAUAAAGUCUA